UUGAUUCAAACAUUGAUUACAAUAAGUGAAAAUUUGUUACAGCUAAGCUAUUGCGGUCAGGAUUGUCAAAGGAUACCGCCUUCAUUAUGGAACAUGUAUGGGGCAAAAGUAAAUUACCUAGAUUUAAGUUACAAUAGUAUAGAGACGCUUAAAGGUUUGGAAAACUUCAAGAAACUAGAAGAACUUAUAUUAGAUAACAACAGAUUAGGCGAUUCAGUCGCCUUUCCGUAUAUGCCACAUUUGAAGACGCUAUCAUUAAAUAAUAAUCAGAUAACAGACUUGGAUGGUUUAAUAAAUAAGAUAUGCGAAAACUUCCCCUCGCUGUCAUACUUGAGUCUGCUAAGUAAUAAGGCAUGCCCCAACCAACUGUCUGAUCAAGAGAAAGAUGACACAGAUUAUCAGAGAUACAGGUACUUCGUUCUAUACAAGAUCCAGAACCUACGUUUCCUAGACUCGCGUCGUGUUUCGUCUUCUGAGCGUCGCGAGGCCGCAAGGAAAGGGGACUUCGCGAGAGUUCGACGACCUCCUCCUCCCCCCAAAACUUCACCCCCCACACCACAACACACUCUGGCGAGACCCCUGCCUUUAGACCUCAACGCCCUCGGUAAACAUAAAGGUGCUUACGGUAAAUGUCUUUACAAAUACACGGGAAAGCAUUCCGAGGGUAACCGGUUCAUUGUCAAUAGCGAUCUUUGA